CGACUAUAUUCAUUUCAUUUUAAGAAAAUUUGCUGUUUGGUCUGAACAAGGCGGCACCCACACAAGUUUGCAAAAUAUGAGAAAUCGUUAAGAUGCAAUUCUCAGUGAGCUCCAAAUAUAACAUUAGUAUUCCCAGUGGCAGAAUGUUUUUGUACCAGGUAAUAUGAACUAUAGAAAGUAACAGAGGAAAGAGGAAGCUGUGGCUUUGUGAUAAAGUCCAUGAAGUGAGUCAUAGCCUGGAGCCAUAUUCACCAAUUACACCUGCCUUUGUUGCUUUUGGCAAUCUGCCUCCUCUUUUAAAAUUCUCACUGCAGCAAACAACCCUGAAUGCUUGAGAUCUUUCCAAACACCUUUCCCAAGCUCAAGGACACUGUACAAGGUGACUGUUCUGAGUGCCAGGGGAAGUGAGGCUUCCAGUCCACUUGGAAGCUAGUUUGGACAUGAAAUCCAAAGCUUGUUUUGGCAGUGUUCGCAUCAGAGAGCCGGAGCAUCCACAGACUCUAACAUAAGCAAAAGAUGAAGCCCAAACAGCUACCUUCACUUACUUGCCUUCUCUUUAUGAUCUGCUGCUGUCUUGGUGGAAAUAUCCUGGUGUUGCCUGAGGAUUGCAGCCACUGGGUGAACAUGAAAGUCAUUUUGAGAAAACUCCACAGCCACAAUCAUAGCAUUACAGUUGUGCGUUCUUCUAAAAGUUGGUAUAUCCAAGAGAAUCCCUCCAUCUACAGCACCAUCACAGUCAACCCAAUAGAGACAGAAGAUGUAGGCGCUGACUACUUCAAGAUGUUGAUAGAGAGGUCCCUUGAGCUACAAAAAAUGUCGCCUUUCUUUCGUUUCAUUGAACAGCAGAAAGAUAUCGCCAAAGUGCUAAAUGUAUUUCACACUGGAGCGCUUCAAAUGGUUUCUGUCAUUUUGGAAGAUGCGGCGCUGGUCAAACUCUUGCGAGAAGCUAAGUUUGACCUGCUGCUAACAGACCCUGCGUUCUCAGCCGGUGUCCUGUUAGCCAAAUUUCUCCACCUCCCCAUGGUUUACAAUGUACGUUGGCUAAACACAGGGGAUGCUCACAUGAAAAUUGCACCCUCACCUCCGUCCUACGUUCCGAUGUACAAUUCAUUGCUCCAUGACCAAAUGAACUUCCUACAACGGACAGAAAAUUUCAUGCGGUACCUGUUUAGCAUUCUCCAGGAGAGAUACGUCAUCUUGCCUAUUUACAGUGAACUGCUUAAGCGGCAUUUCCCGCCCGGCGCUGAUCUUUUGAAAAUGCUGCAAUCUGCUGACAUUUGGUUGAUGAGAGUGGACUUUGUUUUUGAGUUUCCACGGCCCUCCAUGCCUAACGUAGUCUACAUAGGAGGCUUUCAAUGUCAGCCAGCUCAAGGGCUUCCCACAGAGCUGGAAGAGUUCAUGCAGAGCUCUGGAGAGCAUGGAGUAGUUAUAAUGUCCUUGGGAACAGUAGUUGGUGCUCUUCCAUCAGCGAUCACAGAUGCAAUUGCUGCAGCAUUUGCUAAGAUCCCUCAGAAAGUCUUGUGGCGCUUCCACGGGGAGCGACCCUCGACUUUGGGAAACAACACUUUACUUCUAGAGUGGUUUCCUCAGAAUGAUCUUCUGGGCCAUCCAAAGGCCCGUGCUUUGGUAACUCAUGGGGGCUCCAAUGGUAUGUACGAAGCUAUUUACCAUGGACUCCCCGUCUUAGCUUUGCCGCUCCUGUUUGACCAGUUUGAUAACGUUCUGCGGAUGCAGGUUCGAGGUGCUGCUCGAGUUCUUCAAGUCGCAACACUUACCUCACAAGAAUUCCUCGAAGCCCUCAAAGACAUUCUCGAGAACCCGCUGUACCGAAGCAGUAUCCGCAAACUAUCAGCGCUGCACCGCGAUCAACCCUUGGCUCCUCUUGAAAAAGCCACUUUUUGGAUCGAGUACGUUAUUAGACACAAAGGAGCAGCUCACCUUUGCCCAGAGGGGAUUAACUUGCCUUGGUACUCUUAUCAUAGCCUAGAUGUGUUGGCUUUUCUACUGACGCUCACUGUGAUUGCUCUUUUGACCUCGAUAUAUGUCUGCAAGCUUUUGUGUUGCAGGACGUCAAUCAAAAAGAGGAAGGUGGAAUGAAUUGAGCUUGAGCUCUUUUUGAAAAGCUGAUGAAACACUGAAUAGCGACAGCCAAAUAUUAGAUUUGUUACAAAACAUGUACUUCUAAAGUCAUGCCUGUAGCUUGGUACUAGCAACACCAAGGUCAUGGAUUCUAUUUUAAGCUUGCACUGAUCGGAUGUAGUAUACCUUUAAUGCAACGUGAUUUUACUUGGAAAUAAUGAAUGUAAUAAUAUGUAAAUGGAAAAUUACUAUGACAACAAGUCUUUACAAAAACAAAUGUUGAAUGGGCAAAACAUCUAAUCUGACCACACUUGUAAAUUCAAUGCCAGAAAAUUGUUUAACAAUAUCAGUACCAGAUGAUAUUUCAACAAGUAUAUUUGAAGAGUACAAAUGCAAAAGACUCUGAAAGUCAUUUUGGUUAAAAAUAUAAAAAGAUUAUAAUACUGAGUGAUUGCUUUCCUUCACUUCAAAUGUGCUUAAUCACAUCCUUAACCCAUUCAGAAGUACCAGUACUUACAUAAAAACCUAUACAAAGUUGCCAGAAACAAAUGUCAGAUGUACUUAGAGGCUUUUGCAUCUGAAGUCUUCAUUUCUUAUAACCAAUCAAACUCAUGUAAAUUGAAUAAUUUAAUAAGUAUAGCAAUCUUUGUACUUUUUGUGCAUUUAUUUCUUUAAAACUGUAUGCUGUUCUUUUUGUGAUUAUGGCUAAAUCUUCAACACUUUAUAUUUUCUUUCAUAAACAUAAUCAAGUACAUUUAUAGAAGCCAGCGCCAUGUAUUUCGGUGUCAACCUUGAUAUUGUUCCCUCUCCCACUGCGAAUGUGUUUUAAAUCAUCAUUAAAAGUUAAAUCUGCAACUUC